AUGUACCAUAAUAAUAAUAAUAGUAAUGACAACAUUGAUCUAACGAGGUAUCAAAAAAAGAUUGGUUGCUCUAUUCAGAUUCCCAAAAUUGGUAGAGGCGAAUUAAAAUAUGUUGGGCCUGUUUCAAAUAAACAAGGUAUAUUUGUUGGUGUAGAUUUACUUGCUAAUAUUGGUAAGAAUAAUGGAUCAUUUGAAGGGAGAGUUUAUUUUAAGACAGAGUAUCCAUCUAGUGGGUUAUUUAUCCAAUUGAGUAAAGUUGCUAAAUUGAUUGACAAUGCUUCGUUUACCAAUAGUAACACGCAUAAUAAUGCAACUAGUAGCGUUGGGAGAAAUAGCUCGAGAAGGAACACGUUGAAUUUCAAAAGUAGCAACGAAAGAAAGUUAAUAACAAAUAGUUUGCCUCGAAGUACCAGUAGGAUAAGUAGUCAUGGUAGUACUGGAUCGACGAUCAUUAGAAGACAAGGCCCUAUUCUGAGCGCCAAUUCUAAUAACCAUCAAUACAUAAAUGGGACUGGGACCGCAAACGCAAAUGGGGGUGUGAACGCUCAUGAUAAUAUUGGAAUGGAUCUAACAAUGAUGAAGUCUCCAACACCGAUGAGAUUUGAAUCACAACAACAAUCCCGAGACAAUGCGAAUGAUGAUGAUUUAGAUACAGAUAUGGAUAUGGAUAUUGACCCUCCAUCUUCUGCUGUAAGGAGAUCAUUAGGAUUAAAUAUCAGAACAGAAGACCAUACACAAAUUUCUAUGUCAAAUGAACAACAGCAGUUGAUACGAGAUUAUGAGAUCAAGAUAGACAAACAAAGGAAUGAAAUAUCUCAAUACAAGAAACUUUUAGAUGAUCAAAGAAUGGUUUUAGAAGAGAUUCAACCUACUAUUGAUCAAUAUGAGAAAAAUUUACACGAUAUGGAAUUACAAUUACAAAAUGUUAAUAAUCAACUAAAUCAGGAAAGAGAACAACAAUUGAAACAGAAACAGUUUUUUGAAACUGAACAUGAACAAUUGUUAGCGGUAAUAGAUCAAUUGCACGAAGAAAUUAAAGAAAAUGAAAAGCAAUUUAUAAAUAUCAAUAACAACAAAUCUAUUGAUACACAUAAUAAUAAUAAUAAUGUCUUCUCUGAUGAGGAAUUUAAGAGUAUAAAGAAUGAAUUAGAAUUACUAAAGAUUUCUCGAUCAAAAUGGGAUAAAGAAAGGGAACAAUUAAAGAUGCACAAUACUUCAUUAAGUAAAGAAUUGAUGGCACUUAUGAAUGCAGAUAUCAAUAAUGAUGACGAUAUAAAGAAAGAGCAUGGGGAAAUAGAAGAGUUAAAGAAGGAAAUGCAAAAAUUACAAUCUGAAUUGAAGGAAGCUAAUAUGCAGCUGGCGAAGCUGCCGUCAUCCACGUCUUCAUCGAGGAUGCCGAAUAAUAAUGAGACUAAGAGUGCAGUAGUGCACUCACCUAAGAAUAAUAUUACGAUAGAAUCAUUACCUAUAUAUAAACCAGAUCAUCCAAUUGAUGCCAGCGCCGGAAGAGAAUUAUGGUGUGCACUAUGUGAAAGAGAAGGUCACGAAAGUAUUGAUUGUCCCUUCGAAAUACCAAGAGGAGAACCGAUUGCACCCGCAGGCUCAGCUAUGGGGAAGACUCGUGUACUAAUUGCCGAUCGUGAUAUAGAUGAGGUAGCACAAACGAAUACGAAUACGAAUGGUAUAACGACGAAUGCUUCUCCGGAUCGUAAUGAAGCACUAUACUUUUGA